AUGUCUGAGAACAACAACAUUCGACCAUACCUACUGCCUGCCUUCCAAGAGACCCCCUCAUCACAGCGUGCUGAAAUAAACCAGGAGAGCCCCAGCACCCCACCCAGGAGAGGUUCCCGCAAACUUCCGCGUGUAAGGAAAGAGGCUCCAAAGUCCAGGGUGAGGCGCAAUAAGGACUUGAAAAACCCAUCGCCAAGCCCUGACCCGUCGCCCGCCACCCCGGCUGAAUAUUCGGUGGCAACGCAUUACACAGCUAUCCCGGGACACGGGUCUAUCUUCUAUGCGGAGGAUUGCCCUCCGCUUUUCGUACCCAGCACAAUGAUGCACAUGCACCAGGCCCCAGUUGCGCAAGCCUGCCUUUGCCAUCAGCUACAGGCAGCGAGCAUUGCGCAAAUGCACGGCAUGCAUAUGCCCUCUAUCGGAGUACCUACGCACGGGCAUAUUGGAGGGCUCGGGUGGAACGAGAAUGCCUGGGGCUAUGUGCCGGGGUUUGAGCUGGGAGAUCUCUCCCAGAUGCAUGGGAACUUGAACUUGAACCACAAUGGUUGA